AUGGGCGACAAAAAACGAAAGCGUGAAGAAGCCGCGGGGGCCGCCGAACAGAAACCCAAACGCAUAAAAAACAAAGCCAAAUACCAGCCCAAGGGCAACAAAGCGCGAAAGAAGGCUGCUGCUCCAUUGAUGAAUGGCGCGAAUGCAAUUCCUGUAGGGGUACGCGAAAGCCUGACUACUCGUGCUGAACCUGAAUCCGAAUCGAAAGAAGAUGUGCCAAUGGCAGAAGCACCAAAGGGAGAUGAUCAAGAAGAUAAAGGCAAGGAGAGCAACACCAAUGACUUUUUCAUGAUUGAUACUACGCCUAUGGAUGCCCAGGAGGUGGAAGAGAAGACAAAGAGCAAGGCACAAAAGAAGAAGGAACAGAAGGAGCAGCAGAUGACCAAAGAAGACAUUGCCGCUAGAGAGGAGAAAAAGGCGGCUAGGAAGGAAAACAAGAAGAAAGAAGAUAAGAUCAAGAGGGAGAAAAAUGCUCUGGAAAACAAGGAGAAGAGGGAGCAAAAGGAGGAGGAGAAGAGGGGACGGAAAGAGCUGAUAAAGGCGGGGAAGGAGAAGAAAGAACUAGCAAAACAGGAGGAGAAGAGAAAGAAGAAGGUUGAAGGAAAAGAAGAGAAGAAGGAAUCUGAUUCCUCUUCCUCCGAUUCCGAGUCUGAAGUAAAACAGAAGACCACUACUACUACUUCUCCUAAAGAGACUCUCAAAGAGAAGAACCCCGCCCGCGGCAAGCAGACUGACACCAAACCAGCCAAAGCUGAGGAAGGGCAAUUAGGCUCAGACAACAAGUCUCGCUUCAUCGUUUUUGUCGGAAAUCUCCCCUUCACUGCCAGCACCGACAGUGUCAAGGCACACUUUUCCAAGAUCGAGCCCAUCUCCGUUCGUGUAGCCACCGACAAGAAAGACACCGACAAAUGCCGGGGCUUUGGAUUUGUUGAAUUCGAGCAAUUCGAUCGCAUGCAGACGUGCUUGAAGCUGUAUCAUCAUUCGUCAUUCGACGAUGGAAAGAGUCCGGCAAGGAAGAUCAAUGUUGAGCUUACAGCCGGCGGAGGCGGGAAAUCAACAACGCGCAAGACUAAACUGAGAGAAAAGAAUCAAAAACUCGCCGAGGAGCGUGCAAAACUGGCCGCGGAAAAAGGAAAGAAGAAGAAGCAAAGCAAUCAGGAUGGACAGCAGGACGGGAACGAGAAUGAGAAUGGUGAAGACGCUGGAGGCGAGUUUGCGGGAAUUCAUCCAAGUCGAUUGAACAGGAUGGCUUAA